AUGCUGGGAGUGAACUCGCUGUUGGCGAUGACAUUUCAGUUUGGUAACAUCAUUCGGAAUCUUCCACGUGUCUCAUAUGUCAAGGCCAUCGAUGUGUGGAUGCUCUCAUGCAUGACGUUUGUGUUCUGCUCACUCCUUGAACUCGCCUGGGUCGGGUAUUUGUCACGAGAGGACGAAACACCCAGCACACCGCGACCAUCGACACCAGCGCUACCGUCGAAGGCGCUCGCUAUCCCGCCAUUGACGCUGAACAAGACUACUCCGGUGGCUCCUCCGACGCCAAGCCUUCAGGUCCAUAGCGCCACCAGCACUUUGCAUCGAAGGAAUCCGGCCAAUGAAGAGGAAUCGGCAUUAAUAUCGCUCCGCGACAACGAUUACGGCUAUAUCCCACCGGGAUUCGGCCUCAACGGCAAUAUCGCCAACGCCAUGCGAUCGCUCGGAGCAAGAUGUUCCUGCGAUCCCCAACAGUCAUAUCAAACCGAUGUUGACGAUGCACAUUCGCCAGUACAUGCGUCACCAUCUUUUAGUUCGCGACAUCAUCGGAAAGAACGACUGGCAAAGCGAAUCGACACGCUGUCGGCUAUACUUUUCCCUUCACUCUUCUCACUUUUCAAUAUUGCCUACUGGUCCCAUUACCUACGAUCAGACUACGGUUAG